CAGACCCUGGUAGGAGCGUGAUGAGCGCGCGCUUCCGCUUGCCUGCUGGCAGAUCCUACAAUGUCCGGGCGACAGAGCUGGAGCGAGACAGGCAGCACACACAGGUUGUGUGCAACGUACUGCUGCUGGACAACACUGUCCAGGCGUUCAAAGUCAGCAAAUCGGAUCAUGGCCAGGUGUUGCUGGAUGCUGUCUUUAAGCACCUGGAGCUGACUGAGAGAGACUACUUUGGCCUGCACUUGGCUGAUGACUCCUUAGAUACGGCAGUCAGUAUGAUGUUUCUGAUCUACAGGAAACGCUGGCUCGAUCCCAACAAGCCCAUCAGGAAACAGUUAAAAAGAGGGUCUCCCCAUAACUUGAGCUUCAGAGUCAAAUUCUUUGUGACAGACCCCAAUAAACUUCAGGAAGAAUACACGCGGUACCAAUAUUUCCUCCAGAUCAAGCAGGAUAUAUUAACUGGAAGAUUGCCCUGUCCACACAACACAGCCGCACUGCUGGCGUCCUAUGCUGUUCAAUCCGAGUUGGGGGACUACAAUGAAACGGAGCAUACAGCAGGAUAUCUGUCGGAAUACUGCUUUGUCUCCAACCCCCCACAGGACUUCCACAAAGAGGUCUCCAAACAUCACCAGCAGCACAGUGGUCUAUCUCCUGCCCAGUCAGAGUUUAAUUAUCUGAACACAGCACGCACGCUGGAGCUCUACGGGGUAGAGCUGCACUAUGCAAGGGACCAGAGCAACACAGAAAUUCUUAUUGGGGUGAUGUCUGCCGGCAUUGUUGUUUACAAGAACAGGGUACGGAUCAACUAUUUCCCAUGGUUGAAAAUAGUGAAAAUUUCCUUCAAGUGCAAACAGUUCUUCGUCCAGCUGAGAAGAGAGGCGACUGAGACCCGGGAGACGCUGCUGGGUUUCAACAUGGUGAACUAUCGGGCCUGUAAAAACCUGUGGAAGGCCUGUGUGGAGCACCACACUUUCUUCAGACUGGAGCGGCCCAUCCCACCACAGAAGAACUUCUUCGCUCACUACUUUACCCUGGGCUCAAAAUUCAGAUACUGCGGGCGGACGGAGGUGCAGUCUGUGCAGUAUGGAAAGGAGAAAGGCAUCAAGGACAGAGUGUUUGCCAGAUCUCCCAGUAAGCCAUUGGCCAGGAAGCUGCUGGGCGGAACCGACUGGGAGUCGGUCAGCAGGAACAGCCUAUCGGAUGAGAGACUGGAGACCCAGAGCUUGCCCACUCGCUCACCGCCUGGGACGCCCAAUCAGAACUCGCUGUUUGUACAAGAGGGCACACGACUACGACCGUCAUCCGUUGGUCACCUAGUCGAUCACGUGAUCCACGCUUCGCCGAGUCUGCCUGUCUUCUCCUCCAAUCACAAGUCAGCAUCGUCCACGCAGGCCAACAGCAUCAGCUUGGACUCCACACCGUCUCCAGAGGGGCUAGACAGUCAACCUCCAGCUCUGCCCCCCAAGCAGCUGAGCAGAAAGACCUUGAGCCAGAUCAUCCAGGCCCACUCUCAGCAGAGCCUCCUGGAUAACCACCUCAACGAGAUGUAUGAUGUUCCUGUCAAUGCUGACAAGACCACGCUAAAUGGAGUUGUCCCUCAUGAUAAUCUGGUCCUAAUCAAGAUGAGACCUGAUGAACACGGACGUUUCGGCUUCAAUGUCAAGGGUGGAGCUGACCAGAAGAUGCCCAUCAUUGUUUCUCGAGUGGCUCCGGGAACAUCAGCUGACCUGUGUGUGCCUCGCCUUAACGAGGGGGACCAGGUGGUCUUAAUUAAUGGACGUGACAUUUCUGACCACACCCAUGAUCAGGUUGUCAUGUUCAUCAAGGCCAGCUGUGAGAGCCACUCUGGCGAGCUCAUCCUAUUGGUUAGACCGAAUGCCAUCUACGACGUGGUGGAGGAGAAGGCGGACUCGGAGCCAGAUUUUCAAUACAUCCCUGAGAAGUCCCCUCAGGACCCCACCCAGCUAGACCAGCAUGCUUUGAGGGACUCCAUGGUCACACUGAAGGAAGGCCUGAUCAGUGGAGCCAUACUGGCACAGUUUGAUCAACUGUACAGGAAGAGGCCGGGGAUGACCAUGCUGUGUGCCAAAUUACCUCAGAACGUUUCCAAAAAUCGCUACAGAGACAUCUCUCCUUAUGAUGCCACACGGGUCAUUCUGAAAAGCACAGAUGACUACAUCAAUGCAAAUUACAUCAAUAUGGAGAUUCCAGCCUCCAGUCUGAUCAACCGCUACAUAGCAUGCCAGGGCCCGCUGCCCAACACCUGCCCCGACUUCUGGCAAAUGACAUGGGAGCAGGGCUCAUCUAUGGUGGUCAUGCUAACUACUCAAGUCGAAAGGGGGCGGGUCAAGUGUCACCAGUACUGGCCCAAUCCAGACAGCAGCGCCACCUACGGAGACUUUACAGUAACGUGCCACAAUGAAGAGGGCAACUCUGCCUUCCUGGUCCGGGAGAUGACUCUAGUGCACACACCGAGUGAGCAGCAGAGAGAGCUCACCCAGAUUCAGUACCUAGCUUGGCCGGACCACGGCGUCCCUGAUGACUCCACUGAUUUCCUGGACUUUGUGGCUCUGGUACGGACCAAACGGGCCGGACAGGACCAGCCGAUGGUGGUACACUGCAGUGCGGGGAUUGGUCGGACAGGGGUUCUGAUCACCAUGGAGACAGCACUGUGUCUAAUGGAGUGCGGCCAGCCAGUUUAUCCUCUAGAUAUCGUCAGGACCAUGAGAGACCAGAGGGCCAUGAUGAUCCAAACGCCUAGCCAGUACCGCUUUGUAUGUGAGGCCAUCCUGAAAGUCUAUGAGGAGGGCCUGGUCAAACCACUCAAGACCGCUGUCUACCAGCCGAGAGAAAAGGUGGACGAGGAGAGGGACGACGAGAAGAAAGAGCAGCAGAAAGCAGGCGAAGGAGAAGACAGGGCAGCGACGGAGGAAGGGGAGGCGGCAGCGGUGGAGUUGCUGGAAGGAGGUCUGGAUGAAGAGGACGACGACGACGAAGAGGUGGAAGUGCUGGAUGUGGGAGAAGUGACGGAAGAGGGGGAGGACGAGGAGGACGAAGAGGAGGAGGAAGUGGAGGAGCCGAGCGUCGCAAGCGCCACCAGCGUGACCAGUGAGACCAGCGUGAACCCUGAACCUGAAUCCGCUAACCCGUGACUUUUGACGGGUCAUCAGGGGUCACCAGGGGGAGGCCAGGUGGUCGGAGAAGAGAACAAAAGCACUGUUGCACUUUAUGCUGACAAAAACCGGAAAAAAGACAAAACAAACGAACAAACGUGAAAAUCACGGACAAGCUAGAAUAAAAAAAGAAACCCAGCUGUGUUGAAUAGGUACCAUUAGGGGAUAUUGUAUGUUCAGGGGAAAGAAAAAAAGUAUUCAAAGAAUGAAAAGAUAAAAGUACGAGAGAAUAAAAUGUGGAUGGGGAAUUGCUGUAGUGCCAUAAGUACGAAGGGGAAGGGCUGCCCCCCUUGAUGGAAAGCUUUUUCCCCCCCGUUUUAUUUCCCCCAAAGGGUCGCCCUGUCCCCUUCUGAGCGAGUCUGCCAGACGGACCUGCCUUUUUUUUAGUGUCCUUUUAGCUGAUAAAGAGAUAUACCUUAUCUUUUGUUCCUCAGAGAGUAUUUAUUGUGUUUUAGUUUGUGUCAAACCCUGUCCACUGAACAAAAAAAAACUUGUAUGUUUGUUUGUAUGAAUCUAGAGCUUCAUGCUUUCCUGAUUAAAUCUUAGGUAGUUAAGUAGUGCGAUUCCUCUUCUUCUAA